AUGGAUGAGGCACAGCAAAUAUAUGGUGCACAAGAUGUCGAAGAAUUGAGUCGUCAAGAAAAAGAUUCAGAUGAAAAACUGAUACAAGAAGAGGGCCCAACAUGCAGUCACACAGCGGACGCCCAUAUUGCACCCAUUUCUGGUGAGGCUGUAAGCAGUCGCGAAUGCGACAAUCACAUUGAUACAAAGGACCUACUCAAGGAAGCGGAGCGGAAGUUUAGAAGAGAAAGGGAUCGAGUUGUGGAUCAAGUUAAGGGUGAAUGGAGAAGAUUCACCAGGAGAUUUUGA